AUGUCGUCCACUAACCAUGAAGCCCCUUCUGAAAUCGAUGAGGAGAACACGAUUGGACAGAGAAUAGAUGACGAUGAAGAAGAUCCUAUAGAUGAAAUGUUUAACAACGAUGUCGAUGACAUAGAGGAAGAGGAGGGUGAAAAUCUAUUCGGGGACAAUAUGGAGAGAGAUUACCAACUACAACCCGAGUUGGAUAGAUAUUCUGAAUCUGGGCUUGACGAUGAGAACGAGCUCUCCGAAAUGGACAUUGGCGAUCGUAGAGCCGCAGAAAGAGAAAUGGCUAAGAGAGACCAUAUGCAAGACGAUGAUGCUCUCUUCUAUGAAGAAGAUGAUGACAGGGAUACUGGUCGAAACAGACGUAGAGUACGUAAAGCUGAAGAAGAGGAAGAUGUUGCAAUGGAAGAUGAUGAUGUUCCUAUUGAUAUUCUCGAGAAUAUGAGAGGCAGAUCAGCUAAAGAUCAUGUAUCAGAUGAAGCUGUAGCCAGAGAAGUGGAGAGACGGUUCAAAAACUUCCUUCGUGCUUUCAAAGAUAAGGAGACAAGAAAGCCUAAGUAUAUUCAGAUGAUAAAACAAAUGGCUGCUGAAAACAAGGAGUCUUUGGAAGUGAACUAUCAAGACCUCGCUGAUGAGAACGGAGAACAAAACAUUGUUUAUUUCUUGCCUGAUGCUCCAGUACAGAUGUUCCGAAUUUUGGAUAAAGCAUUAACCGAUGUCGUUAUAAAUAUGUAUCCUUACUACUCUCGAGUUUGUGCCGAAGUCAAAGUUCGUAUCAGUAAUCUGCCCGUAGAGGAAGAUAUCAAAUCUCUACGCCAAGUCCAUUUGAACAAUCUUAUCAGAACGACGGGAGUCGUAACUGUUACCACUGGAAUUCUUCCUCAACUCUCUGUCAUAAAGUAUGAUUGUGUCGGUUGUGGGUAUCUUCUUGGACCUUUCGUCCAACGCGAAGAUGAAGAAGUUAAGCCAACUAUGUGUCCUGCUUGUCAAGGAAAAGGACCCUUUGAGCUUAACGUUGAACAAACUAUUUAUCAUAACUAUCAAAGAAUUACUAUCCAAGAAUCACCAAACAAAGUUGCUGCUGGUCGUUUACCACGGUCUAAGGACGUUAUUCUUCUCGGAGAUUUGUGUGAUACAUGCAAACCUGGAGAUGAAAUAGAAGUUACCGGAGUUUAUACUAACAAUUACGAUGGUGCCUUGAACUAUAAGCAAGGAUUCCCUGUUUUCAAUACAAUUAUUCACGCUAAUCAUAUUACUAACCACGACAAAGUUGCCAGUGACCAACUAACUGAUGAAGAAAUCAAGGCGAUUCGAGAAUUGUCAAAGGAUCCUAAAAUUGCUGAGCGUAUUUUUGCAUCUAUCGCUCCUUCUAUUUACGGGCAUGACGAUGUCAAGAAGGCUAUUGCUCUUGCUCUUUUCAGAGGAGAACCCAAGAACCCAGGAGAGAAGCAUAAACUUAGAGGUGAUAUCAAUGUUCUUCUUUGCGGAGAUCCUGGAACGGCUAAGUCGCAAUUCUUGCGAUAUGCUGGUCACAUUGCUCCUCGAGCUGUUCUAACCACCGGCCAAGGAGCUUCUGCCGUAGGUUUGACUGCUUAUGUUCAGAGACAUCCAGUUACUCGUGAAUGGACAUUGGAAGCUGGAGCUAUGGUCUUAGCUGACAAGGGUGUCUGCCUUAUCGACGAAUUUGAUAAAAUGUCUGAUCAAGAUCGUACAUCAAUUCACGAAGCUAUGGAACAGCAAUCAAUUUCAAUUUCUAAGGCUGGUAUCGUUACUUCUCUCCAAGCGCGUUGCACCGUGAUUGCUGCUUCUAACCCAAUUGGUGGAAGGUAUGACCCAUCACGCACAUUUGCCGAAAACGUUGAUCUCACUGAACCUAUUCUUUCUCGUUUCGAUGUUCUUUGCGUUGUGCGGGAUACUGUUGAUCCAAAUGAAGAUGAGAGGCUCUCCAAGUUUGUUGUUGGUAAUCAUAUCAGAUUGCAUCCAGACAAGCAGGAAGAAGAAGAGCUGGAUGAAAACAAAGAAAACCAAGAGACACAGGUUGAUGAGAGAACGGGAUUAAUUCUGAUUCCUCAAGACCUCCUGAAAAAGUACAUUCUGUUUGCUCGUGAGAAAUGUCAUCCAACGUUGAGUGAGAAACAUUCUGAUAAGUUCUCCAGUGUUUUCGCCCAAAUGAGAAAAGAGAGUAUGGCAACUGGCUCUGUUGCUAUCACUGUUCGUCACGUAGAAUCAAUGAUUCGUUUAUCUGAGGCUCAUGCCAAACUUCAUUUGAGAUCUUAUGUAAAUGAUGAAGAUGUUCAAGUUGCGAGUAGAAUCAUGGUGGAAUGCUUCGUUAAUACCCAGAAAGCCUCAAUCAUGAGAUCUAUGAAAAAGACAUUUUCAAAACACCUGACAGCUUCUCGUUACACCAUAGCUUGA